GCCCAGGUCCACUAGCCCUAGGCUCCGGAGGCUGCAGCUCCCAGACCACACUUGGGCACCUGCGCGGGCAGGGCGGGGGGAGCGCGGCCUGGACCACCGGGGGUCUGCUGCAUCCAAACCAGCACGCAGCCUGUCCCAGCCCACCCGGACCCCUGCAGCCCCACAAGAGCCGCAGCCCACCUCUCCAAGAUGUCCAAGGUAGCCAAGUAUCGCCGGCAGGUGAGCGAAGACCCUGACAUCGACAGCCUGCUGUCCACCCUAUCCCCCGAGGAGAUGGAGGAGCUGGAGAAGGAGCUGGACGUGGUGGACCCUGACGGGAGUGUCCCCGUGGGGCUGCGUCAGAGGAACCAGACUGAGAAGCUGUCCACGGGCGCGUAUAACCGGGAGGCCAUGCUCAACUUCUGUGAAAAGGAGACCAAGAAGCUCAUCCAGAGGGAGGCGUCCGUGGAUGAGGGCAAGCAAGUGGAGACCAAGACAGAUGCGAAAAAGGGAGAAGACAAGGGCAGAGAUGCUGGCAAGAAGCCCCUGGGCCCCAGACGGGACUCAGACCUGGGGAAGGAGCCCAAGAAGGGUAGCAUGAAGAAAAGCAUCUCGAGGGACAAGGACGAAGCUGACGGCAGGAGUGCAGAGAGGCCCAAGGAGGAGAAGCUCGUCAGGGGCCUGGAGAAGGGCCGGGUUAGGGCCGUGGUGGACAAGAAGGAGGCUGGGAAGGAGGGGCCGGCCGCCCCCCGGAAGGAUGAGGAGAAGCAGAGGAAUGUGAGCAGAGACAAGGGCAAGAAGGGCGAGCAGCCCGAGGCGGCGAGCAAGACGGCGGUGCCUGAGAAGGCCAAGGGGCCGCAGACGGGCGAGGACACCCGGGCGGAGGCCCAGGAGCCGAAGGGGGGACGCAGGGACAGGGCCGCCAGGCCGGAGGAAGAGAAGGCCAGGAAGGAGGAGCCCCGUGAGGCAAAGGCCCCCCGAGAAGACAGCAAGACCCCAGUGCCAGAGAAACCCACCCCUGGUGCCCCUGCGAAGCCUGCCGAUGGGCCCGCCAAGGCCGAGGAGGAGGCGACCCCCAGCAUCUUCGAUGAGCCCCUGGAGAGGGUGAAGAGCAACGACCCGGAGGUGACUGAGGUGAAUGUGAACAACUCGGACUGCAUCACCACGGAGAUCCUGGUGCGCUUCGCCGAAGCGCUGGAGUUCAACACGGCCGUCAAGGUCUUCGCCCUGGCCAACACGCGGGCGGACGACCACGUGGCCUUCGCCAUCGCCAUCAUGCUCAAGGCCAACAAGACCAUCACCAGCCUGAACCUGGACUCCAACCACAUCACCAGCAAAGGCAUCCUGGCCAUCUUCCGGGCCCUGCUGCAGAACAGCUCCCUGACCGAGCUGCGCUUCCACAACCAGCGCCACAUCUGCGGCGGCAAGACCGAGAUGGAGAUGGCCAAGCUGCUCAAGGAGAACACCACGCUGCUCAAGCUGGGCUACCACUUCGAGCUGGCCGGGCCCCGCAUGACCGUCACCAACCUGCUCAGCCGCAACAUGGACCGGCAGCGGCAGAAGCGGCUGCAGGAGCAGCGGCAGGCGCAGGAGGCACAGGCGGGGAAGGCGCUGCUGGAGGUGCCCCAGGCCCGGCCCCCCGCCCGGGGCUCCCCCAGGCCCUCCCUGCAGCCACCCCCCAAGGCCGCUCCCAAGAACUCGCCGGGCAAAGGGGGUGCCCCGGCCGCGCCCCCUCCACCACCGCCUCCCCUGGCGCCCCCACUCAUCAUGGAGAACCUGAGGAACUCGCUGUCCCCGGCCACCCAGCGGAAGAUGGGCGACAAGGCCCUCCCUGCCCAGGAGAAGAACUCCCGGGACCAGCUGCUGGCGGCCAUCCGCUCCAGCAACCUCAAGCAGCUCAAGAAGGUGGAGGUGCCCAAGCUGCUGCAGUAGGCCCGAGCUGCCGGCGCGCCCGCCACACCACACCUGCCCAGGCCCCGCUUCCCAGGGCCGCACGGACCCCGCCCGCCACGCCAGCUGCCCUGCUCUGGACAUCCCUGCCCUGCUCUGGGGGAGCUGGAGGCCGCGGCCACUCCACGAAGGGUACCUUCUCCCCUCGCUUCUUUUCUUGUCUCUGGCGCUCUCCACCACUGUCUCAUCCCUGGAGCCGGCGGUUCUGGACGAGAAGAGUCCUACUAGCACGUGACCGAGAAGACGACACCCCUGGAGCCUGAGGCUGGCCAGCUGCCAAAGGCCUAGGAGCUGGGAGGGGGGUCCCUCAGGGGCCAUGCAACGCGUGGGCCCACUGCCCCCAGGGCCAGGAUUCAGGCCUCUGAGGAGCCCUGGGGGCAAGCCCGCUGGGCUGGUGGCUCCCUGUGUGGGGCAAGGGUGUAAGACUGGAGGGCCAAGGGCUCAGGGGAGAGGGCGGAGGCGCUGAGGAUACCCCACACCCCUCCCCGCUAAGCACAGGACUUGAGGGGCGCGGCCUUGUGGGGGGUGGGCUGCGGCAGGGGGAGAGGACAGACAGCCGCUGGACCUGAAGACUGGAUGCCAAAGCAGACGUUCCCUCACACUCACCUGCUGCUGUUCAGAUAGCUGUGAUCUGUCCUCCGUGAGAUUUUAUAAUAUAUACGAGCCUUCAGCUGUGAGUGGCCGUGCCCACGUGGGUGCUGUCCCCAGAGUCCUGGCGCUCACCCCUGCUCGGGAAGCGCAGACUCCCCGCCCUGCCUAGCCACCCACAGGGCCGGACUCACUCAGGGGGUCCUGCCCGGGGUCCCUGGGCGCAGCGCCGAGGCGGGUGGCGGAGCCAGGGCCUCAGUGGCCACAUGAGGCGAGCGGUCUGCGCCGCUCCGCGCCUCCCGGUGUGGGUUGAGGGCCGGCGCCCCGAGCAGCCCCGGUCAGGAGGGCCGAGGGUGAAUGACCGCGGGGCAGUGCCCAGCGGGUGUGCCCCCGGGCCCGACUCCCACUGCCUGGAUGCCAAGGGCCUCUCUCCGCUUUGGAGCUGCCGCCGGGCCUGGGGCCUCGUCCCCCGCGUCCACCAUGCGCCUGACCCCGGGAGCCCAGUCAGGGCCUGGGGCGACGCCUGCGCGCGGCCCCCGCCCCUGCCCACCUGUCCGUGACCGACGGCGGACACGACCGGGCCGGAGGGCGACUCCCGCCGGCCGCACGGCCCCGCGCGGCGCCCAGGGCCUCGAGGCCCCGCCGGGCCGCCGCUUCAGGGCACGAGGCUCCCGAGGGGACGACCCCUCACGCUGUGCCUGGGGCUGGGUGUGGGGGGCCAGGCCCCGCCCUCUGCACGCCCUCUGUCCGCUCUCCCGCCUAGUCCCGCGGCUCCCGCAGACCAAUGACGUCACCCUUCCCGCCGCCCCCGCAGGAGAAUGACGUCCCCUCCCCCGCCCCCCGCUGGGCGAUGACGUCCCCCUCCCCCGCAGGCCGAUGACGUCACCCUUCCCGCCGCCCCCGCAGGAGAAUGACGUCCCCUCCCCCGCCUCCCGGCUGGGCGAUGACGUCCCCCUCCCCGCCCCUCCCCCGCAGGCCGAUGACAUCACCCUUCCCGCCGCCCCCUCGCGUCCCUUGCAGGCGGAUGACGUCCCCAUCCUCGGGUACGGCGCGGCGCCUCCUAGCGGAGACGCGGCCGGGCCUUGCGCGGCGCGCGGACGGAAGGCGGGCGGCUGUACCGGGCGCGGCCCGCCCCGCGGGAAGGCCAGGAUGGCGGGGCGGGGUGGGGGGUGGGGCCGCCCUGGGAUCAGCCGUGUUGAGGGGAGGGCUCGCUAGGCGGGGCCGAAGCCCUAGCUGACGGGUCCGGACCCAAACCUGGGCCGGGAUUCCCAGCCGCCUUACCCUCUCCGCACCCCGCCCGGGGGCCGGCGGAGCCCCAGGCCCGGCCCGUCCGCGGAAGAGCGCCCGGACGGGGGCGGCGUGUACGGGCCCGGGGUCUCCGGGCUGCAGGGCCCCUCGGCCCGCUCGCUCUCGCAGGAGGCCCGGGCUGGGCCUGGGGCCUAAGGCCGCUCAGGCGCUCCUCUAAGAGGCGAGAGAUCCGAACGCGGGUCACCCACCAGGACCACCCGGCCUGGGGAGCCUAGUGGGGGCGGCCCGCUGGGGAGGUGGUCGAGGGGCAGACGCUGCCCGCCCCACCGGGCACACUUCUUCCGGCCUCCCCUGCUCUGCCCAUCGGGCUCUCAGCCUCCUCCCGCUCCUGACCGCCCCCGCGCUCCGCUGUCUUGCUAACCCCUGGCUCCGGGCCCUGACUGUAUGUUCCAGGCACCCGGGCCCUAGCCCGCUCCCUGCCGUCCUCUUCCGGACUCAGGCUCCCCAGCACCGCAGGCCUCGCUGACGCCAGGAUGCGGGCCCUUCCACCCCCGCUUCCCUGGCCCCCCAGCGUCCUGCUGCUUCCUCCGAGCUGAGCAGGACCCCCACUUAUACCACUGCUGACCCAACCCUGAGGGUCACGGCUCCUUCCACCCAACACCAUCAUGUAGGGCGACUGCCAGUUUUCAGGGGUGUUGGGGGAGCAGCUGUGCCCGGUCCCCAGGUGAGGUGUUGGGUCCCAGGAGAGACUAGGGCGGUGCCCUGUUUACCAGCUAGACAAUGUGAGGGGCCUCCUCUGCUGCCACCACGUGAAAGCUGCACUCCAGCACGGUUUCCCCUUUUUCUUAAAAUUCUCUUUUUUGCAGUGCUUUGCAGCGACUUAGCAGCAGCAGCAGCAGCAGUUAAUUGAUUGGACAUGUUGGAGGGAGGGGGUAGGGGGCUCUGAUUGGGAUAAUCUGUCUCCCAUCCUAGACUAUGGAGCAAUUUCUAAUUGGCCCCAGGCUGCUGACUUAAGGAAGCUCAUUCCGGAUGGCAUGGCCCUGCAUUCAUUAACAUCUCAUCUUUCAGGGAAAUGCAGAAAUCUUGCCCUGGAAACCUCCACCUCCCAGCUUCAGGACAGAGAGAGGGGCUGUCCAAACCUUGGGAUGACCUGGUGACCCCUCUCCCAGCAUGCUGGCAGAAGCUGUGGCCUGGAAGCCAGGACACCCGCGGCCCACCUCUCGUCCCCAUCCUCGGGAAAGGUGGACUUGCAGCACAAGCUUCCCCUUCACCCAGGUCAGGUCCAGAGGUAGAGGUCUGGCCCUGGCCCCACAGCAGCUGGCCCAGAGCUCCCCGCCCUCACUGUGAGAAAAGAGCAUCCAGCGGGCCCUGUGCGCCGCCAGCACGAGGGACGGCCGUCCAGACCAGGCCGCAGCGCCCUGAGGCCUGAGGCAUGGAGCCAGCAGGUUGCAGUGGGGCCGGAGGGCGAGUGGAUGGAGGGGAGGGGACUGAGAGAGGGCUUGGAGGGCUUAGGGGCUUUCCAAGCUGACUUGGUGUUCUCCCCGCGUGAAUUAAAGUCUAUCGAGCUUC